UGUGUGCGUGUGUGUGUGUGUGUGUGCGCGCCCGUGUGUGUGUACACAGCGCUGGGAGGGGAGCGCAUGCGCCCUGCGUGGCGGGGCUGAAUGUUUCCCAAGUGUUUGAAACUGGUAUUUGGGUUUUCCACGUUGGAUCGAGCGCGGCGUAUAGGAGCGAGGAGGCUGCGUUUCCUAUCACCGGGGAGCGGCGGGGAGCUACAGAGAGAGAGGUGGGCAGGAGUGAGCCGUUCAUCGGGGUUGCCGUCUUUGGAGGGAGCAGCGCUUGCUCUCACAGAGACACAAGGAGAGAGAGAGGCGUGGAGAAGGAUAUUUUUUUUUUCCUUUGCCGGAUGAAAAUGUUGAGUCCUGCAAACGGAGACCAGCUUCACCUAGUGAACUAUGUGGAGGAUUAUCUGGACUCCAUCGAGUCUAUGCCCUUCGAUCUGCAGAGAAAUGUCUCCUUGAUGAGGGAAAUUGACGCCAAAUAUCAAGAGAUUCUGAAGGACCUGGAUGAUUACUAUGAAAAAUUUAAACGAGAGACAGAUGCUGUGCAGAAGAGAAGAAUGUUGCACUGCAUACAGAGAGCUUUGAUUCGGAGUCAGGAGCUGGGGGAUGAGAAGAUCCAAAUCGUCAGUCAGAUGGUGGAGCUUGUUGAGAACAGAACCAGACAAGUGGACAGCCACAUGGAACUCUUUGAGACUUGUCAAGAGACUAACGAUAUCACUGGAAACAGCGGGAAAGCCAGCCAAGAUAAGUCAAAGAAUGAGACAAUCGCACAGGCUGAAAAGCCCAACAAUAAGAGAUCAAGACGGCAAAGGAAUAAUGAGAAUCGAGAAAAUGCUUCAAAUAAUCACGACCAUGAUGACAUCACCUCAGGAACUCCAAAGGAGAAGAAAGCAAAAACGUCCAAGAAGAAGAAACGAUCCAAGGCUAAAGCAGAGAGGGAAGCUUCUCCCCCAGACCUUCCUAUUGACCCUAACGAGCCAACAUACUGCUUGUGCAACCAGGUCUCCUAUGGAGAAAUGAUAGGAUGUGAUAACGAUGAGUGCCCCAUUGAGUGGUUUCACUUUUCCUGCGUGGGACUCAACCAUAAACCAAAGGGCAAAUGGUACUGCCCAAAAUGUAGAGGAGAAAACGAGAAAACUAUGGACAAGGCAUUGGAGAAGUCUAAAAAAGAAAGGGCUUACAACAGGUAGUUUGCAGACUUUUCAUCCUGAGGAAAAAUAAAACCACCAAACCAGUGUAUUUAUUGUCAGCAUCACCUUUGUUGAGGUGAAAGGAUUGUAAAAUGUAUAUUUUUAAAGGAGGUUUAAAACUGAACCAUUCCUGUUAUAGGGACGGCAAUAAGCAAUUUUGUUUUUCAUUUGGUAAGCUGUAACAAGAAUGUGGUCUGUGGACCAAUGUAUUCUGAAAGUAAAGUUAUAAGGGUUUAAACUGAGUAUUUGGGUGGAUCUUAAAAGAUAAAUUAAUACCUUUUUCUUUUUUUUUUUUUUCCCCAGUGCUGGUAGCACUCUCCCCAUUAAAAUUUUGAUGACAAAUAUCUCUGAAAUGUAAUUUCAUUUUCUUUAUUGAAGAAUGUUAUUUACCUUUUGAGCAAAAUUGUUAAAUAGUUUCGCCAUUCGGUUGUAUCUGAAUAAAGCUGCAAUACAUCACAAAUGUAACUUCUUUCAGUCAUAAGCAGUGCAAGAGCAACAACAAGGAGGGUGAAAUUUGGUUCCUGCUACAAGGUGUCAGUAUAACAGUUCAAUAGCAAAUGUUUAAAUAGGCUUAGAGAAUUAUUUUUUAAACAAAAAAAAAAAAGUUAAUGGUUAAAUUUUACACAACAAAUAUUUUAUAUGCUGGCCGAGUACCACAAGAGCCAUUUUAAAAUGAUUGAAUAUGUUUUAUAUUUAACCAGGAAGUGGUUUAGUAACAAGACUUAACAUAAAUGAAGCUUUAUACUGUCACAGAUAGUAGCGUAGCAAUCCUUAAUUUGUUUAAGUUGUAUAAAUGUACAUUUUUAAGUGGAGUUGCACUUACUGUAUUAUACUUCGAAAUGCAGCCAAAUGCCAUUGUGUAACCAAUGUGCAUUUCCUGCUGUAUGUAUGAAAACUGUACAGCUGCGAUAUUGAGAAAUAAAUGA